AUGGGAUGUGGACCAUCGAAUGCAGCUGUGCCGGUAACCGGUGAAGGUGUCUCAACCAUCUCCAAACUUGUCUACCCUCGCCCAGAAGCAUUUGAAAUUCCUCUCAGUGAUACAGAAAACCCGGAAAGCUUAAUCAAGAAACAUCCCCCGCGUCGUUUAAAGCGUCUCGAGGAACAGUCCGGCUCCACGCCGAGCAUAGAAGAUUUAGAGGAAAAACUGGCCACAGCCGAAUCGCGUAGGCAACAGUUUCUAGCAAAUCGCUCCCAGAAAACCACCUUUGACAAGACCAGCCUAGAUGCGACCGAAAACGAUGCCAGUACGAUCCCGGAAGAAGGCGAAGAUGACCGUUCAGCGGACGGAACACGUACGAUAGAACACGAUGGAGACGAUUCGGGUGUGGAACGGUCCGCUCCCCCGGGUGGAAAUGGCCGACGUUCGGCUUCGGAAACGGAUGACGAGGAUCAUGAGCAGCAAGAGCAUCACGAUCGGCGAAGGCGCGGAUCGGAUCUUAGUAUCGGGCAUCUGACCAACAUGCGGAUGAAGAUGAAUCAGUACAGGAAAAAGUCUCACCACUAG